AUGACCAAUCAGAAGCAUGUCGUCUUCGACGUCGUCGGCACCUGUGUCUCAUUUGAUGCCUUCUACAAAGGCAUCGAUCGCGUCAUUGGCGAGAAGCUAGCCUCCAAGCACAUCACAGCCAAUGCCUUCGGCUACACUUGGAUGACAGCAGCCGAGCUGGAGUUCACCUUCCUCUCCGUCUCCGAGCGCCACCGUCCCUACAAAGAAGUUCUGCGCACCUUGUUCUACCGCACGCUCUUCAUGGUUGGCGUUGCGGAGCCAAGAAAACUCGUCACGGACGAAGAAAGGGACGCCUGUGUCCUGGCCUAUUCGGACCUCGAGUUGCGACCCGGAGCCGCAGAGUGCUUUCAAAUAUUGAGAGACGCAGGCUUCACAGUGUGGUGUUUGACAACGGGCGAUGUCAAGCGUGUGGGUGGAUACUUUGAGCGCGCUGGCGUUGACAUGCCGCUCGAGAAUCUCAUCAGCUGCGACGGACAGGGCGUGGCCAAACCAGCGUUGGCUGCGUACAGGCCAACUCUAGCUCAAUUCGCACCCGAUGAUAUCAAGUGGUUCGCUGCUGCUCACAUGUGGGACGUAUCAGCUGCAGUCAAGGUUGGCUUCCGAGGUGCUUACUGCACCAUAUACGAACAGGAUCCUUGCGCUGAGAUCUUUGAUACCAAGAUGGAGGUUAUAGCUGAUACACUACCAGACAUGGCAAAGGGGAUUGUAAAGGGAUCGCUUUAG